UGGAUUGGAUAGCGUUUGUGGCAAAUCAUUUGGUGUUUGCUGGAGGAAUUGAAUAGAGAAAGCAAAUGGAAACUUCUCUGAGGUACGGAGGAGACUACAAAGCCCUGAGAAUCCAUGCUAAGCAGAAACUACUUAUCGAUUCCAAAACCCACCUCCAGCUUCAUGGAGAGCUAGAUACAAGAAUUGGAGCCCCCAGUUAUUUUUGUGCGAUGAUAAGACACUUUUAUCCAGAGGCUUCAGCAAACCUUGGUGUAGGAGUGAAAUAUAGUAAACAUGAGAAGCUCCAAUACAGUGUACGUGGAAAGAUGUCAUUUCCUGUGACUAGUGAUGAUUUGCUAAGCUUUGUCAUCAAAGGGCAGUGUGAUGUCGAUAAAGAAUUCAGAGAGAAAAAUUAUAAAGGAGGUGCUGAGUUUACUUGGAGCCUACUUAAUUUUCAGAAAGACCAAGAUGUGAGGCUUAAAAUUGGCUAUGAAGCAUUUGACAAGGUUCCGUAUAUGCAGAUAAAGGAGAAUAAUUGGACACUCAAUGGUGACAUGAAUGGUAGAUGGAAUUUAAGAUACGAUCUAUAGAACCUUGAGCUUUAUAUAACCUUUUUUGAUGUAAGGUGUUUUAAGUUUAGAAGAUUUAUCUUGUGUAAUCCGAGUCAAAUACGCUGCUGUUUAGCUGAUACUGAUUAGGAAGACUGCAGAUAUUCGCAGAACGCAAUGAUUUGAUCAGUUUAAUAAGCAUAAGUUUUUCAUUGUUU